CUCUGAGUCGUUAAAUUCCUUCUCUGCCGUUUCGCCGAUCCUACUUCAGUUGGGGAGAAUGGGGCGAUGGGGAAGAGUUUGGUUUCUCACGUUGCAUGCAGGUGGUAAAGCGCACGAAACCAUGGCCAUUUUCAGCAUUUGGCCAGUUUGUGACGCGUCAUUGUUCGCCUAGGCGAUUCAAAGCAGUUCCUUCGGGAGGAAGUCGCGAAGCGACUCCAGGAAUCAACGUUCAGAGGGAUGUCUGCGACAAGCCGUGGGCAGGCAACGAAACCUUCCAGUCUUGGGGUCUCGACUUCCCUGGUGUCAUCGGAGCCGUUUGUGCCUCCGAAGAGAGGAAACGCAGGCAUUUGCCAGUCGUGUGCUGAACCUAUUUUCGUUUCCGCGCAGAAGAACUCGCAACUGUUCUUUCUGGUGAUGGAGAGCCUGACUUUUCCAGACUACGAACCUGAACGAGCAACCGACUGCAGUGGCGACGCAUACGGCAGGAAGUCUGCGAGUUUCGCAAAUUGGAAGCAUUUCAACCACUCUGUAUCGCUUCAUUCAUCCAUACACAACUGCUUCUUCAAAAUACGUGUGUAAGCGUAUGUGUAUGCCUGUUCAGUGCAUGGAGGUAGGCAUGCUUCUGUUCGCGGCUUGUGUGCACAUCUGUAUGCGUUUGUUUUCUCUCAUGUCCUUUCCUGCAAAAAGAUAAAUCGACAAUCUCCAUUUUAACCUCUUGACUUCCGCACUUUCGCCGUUCCUGGAAGGUCUUGGUGACACCCUUUCCUUUUCGUUCAAGCCCUGCUCCAUUUCUGUCAUUUUAAAAGUCUUUCGGCCAUUUUUUCUGUCAAUCGGUGCCCUUUUCCGUUUUCCAUCGUAAAAACGAAGCCUUUCCCCACGAUUUACCGCCGUUACUCCCCGCUAAUCAAGGGUUCUUUACCCCCAGCCCUGUCAGUACCACCGAACUAGAGAGAGUGCGGAAAACGGAGAAACACCGUGUCUGAGCGACUGUUUUCGCUGGCAUCUUCCGUUACCCCGCUCUCUCCUCUUCUUGAGAAGAUGGCGCUCACUGAGGCCGAGAAGGCGUUUCCGAGCGCCAUGGAGGUUUCGGGCGAGAAGGCCGGGAUAGAGGCGCAUGCAUUUGCGGACUCCACUGACAACGACUCGUCCUCUGAGCAGUCGCGAGACGAGCGCGAGAGUCUGCUGCGUCAUCCACGAGCCUUGACCUCCACUGUCGCGUUGUCGGCGAGCGUUCCUGACUCCGAGAACUCCUUCAAAGAUAGCGAAACCGCUCUGGAAGAAGGGAACGCCUACACGAGCGCUUUGCUCGAUCCCGAAGACAGCUACGACCCGACGAAGAAAGAGGCAAAGGAGACAAAGGGAGACACAAAGAGCGAGACGAAGAAAGAGCCAGAGGGAGAAACAAAGGGAGAUAGAGAGACAGACGCAGUUGGGGAGGAGCGAGAGUUCCAAGAGUCUCAACAGUCGCCAGUUGCGGCGGCGUGUGUGGAGGUGAUCGCAGCGAUGAAGGAAGAUGAGUUUUUUGCGGAAGCGAGCAGGCUGAUUCGCCGAGAGAGGUUCAGAUACCUCGAGGGUAUCAGAAUGAUGAAGGAAGACCAUUCGUACCUGGAUUUGGCCGAUGAAGACAACGGCGCACCUUCAAAGCUCGUCGCCCUCAUGGACGCUCUCGCUCAAAGCUGCGUGCAGUAUUCUUCCCCAGGUUUUGAGUAACUUCUGUCUCCAGCCUCGUUGUCUCGCGAGGCUUUCAGGAUUGGAGAGGCGGCGAAGCACGCUUCCGUUUCCGAAGGGCAACUUUAGGUUACGGAGGUUCUUUCUAGUCUCCACAGGCGGAGAUGAGUGGUCUCUUGCGUGUCUGUCUGUGGGCGAAGGACGCAGCGUUCUCGUAUCCUUUGAACUGUGUCGUGGGUGGGGAGGCUCGGUUGCCUGGCGCUAACAGAACGUGGUUUCUGGUGAGGCGCCCGGGGAAACGGGCGAGACACGUCGUGGGAUUCUCGGCUUAGAACAGACAGGCGCAAGCAACGCGCACUCGCCAGCCGACACCCACCGGAAAUAGGGAGCCUUCGUGGACACAGCGUGGCAGGUGGCAGUGCAGUCCUCUGUCACUUCCCCGAUGGCGUUUCAUUGUUUGAAAAUGUGUCUUCAGGCGGCAAAUUCUGCCGCGAAGAAGUGCGAAUCAAUUGCAUGCGGUUUUGGCGUCAGUUCCCGUCGCGUGUGCAGCAGAGUUCGCGUUCCCUCGGGUGUUAUACGAAGCAAAGGAGUAAAUGUCUUUUGGUUUUCCCGUUUGGGCGACGGCGGGGAGCGGAAAUAGGGGUAAACGCUGCACACAGCUUUGUUCUGGAAAUUUUGUUGUCGACUUGGGGAACGUUCUGUCGAGCUUGGAGGUCAGUGACUUUUUUUUAGUGGCGUACGCACUUCUGCAUUUGCAUAGAACGGGGGCUUUCCACCUUCGUUCAAAGCCAGUUGUGUUGCGCUCCCUGUUCCCGUCUUGUCGUCUGUCAUCGACGCCUUGACUCAAGGUUCGAUGUCAGUACGCGUGGCCUGUGAGCUGAUCUGGAGAGUUUCUGAGAGCCGAAGCUCUUUUGUGGCGUCAAAAACCAGCAGACUUGGUCCCUCAUUUGGUUUCUUAGGGCCUCAGACGCUUCAAUGUAAUUCACUUGAUCAC